CUGGACGUGCGACUUACAACAGAACGUCCACGAAAUAUUAUGAAUGGACGGUGACAAGAUGCCACAAGGCCACCGCAUCUCCAUCAUUGGAGCCGGCAUAGCUGGUCUAACGUUAGGAAAGUGCCUCCAGAACAAAGGCAUCAAAUCCUCCAUCUUCGAAAAGGCAAGACAGUCGACCACACGCAACAGUUAUGGCAUCACACUGUAUCCAAAGUACUAUCGACCGCUCCUGAAAGUGCUGCAGCUGGAUGAGUCGACCUUUCGCAAAAAGGUCGCUGUUGACGCUGGGAGCGGGGGCACAGGACAGAUCGGCGGAAACAUGGAACCUGGAUGCUUCAAGGCCAACAAGAACAGUUUCGAGAGCCUGCUCGCCGAGGGUCUCGAGGUGAACUGGGAACAUGAGUUGACGAGUGUGGAGCCUCUGCCGGGUGCAGUCGAGAUCGCUUUCAAGAACCACAGCCGGCAUGCCAGUAUCUUCGUCGUGGGAGCUUGUGGACCACAUUCGCAAGUCAGGCACGCCAUACUACCGAACGCAGAGUUCACGGUCUUGCCCUAUGCCACAUACAACGGCAAGAGACGCAUUGGACGUGAUGACUGGAAUCAGACUUUCGCAUCCGCCUUCGAAGGAACCAAUGUUGUCGAGCAGAAAGUCAACGGUACACUAUUACAGAUUUCCAUCAACAGUGUCACGGAGGAGGAAGUCAGCAUCAACUAUGUUUUCUCUCGCGCGGCGGCGAAGAAUUCUGGCGUGGAUGCCCUUUACAGACCGCAGAGAGAGAAGAAUGAGGCGAAGGACACGCCGGAAGAGCUCUUCGAAGAAGUCAACGGCCUUUGCAAUCAGCUCGCAGAACCGUUCAAGACUGUAUUUGACGUGAAGGCCAUGAAACAGGACAGACUACUGAAUUGGCUCAUGCGAUCGCUUCAUAUCGACACAUCGAAGCUUCGUCAAGCCGCAGAAGAUGGUAUUGUACUUCUGGGUGACGCAGUGCACGCUGAACCCAUCCUCGGCGGUAUGGGCGCGAACCAAUCCAUCUCAGACGCCAUGGAGCUUGCGGAGAUCCUUGCCAACAAGGCAAAGCUGCAUGAGCUGUACGACAAGAAAGCCGUGGAGUGGCAGACGGGAUUGCAAGCCGCCGAGGGUAGAAUCGGAGAGUUGCAUGGCAUGACGAGCGGGCGGGCGAGCCUUUGAGGACAAGCAAAGCAAAGCAAAGCGAAGCGUUGGCUUUGAGUGGAUGGUGAAUGUGAUCGUGCUAGUGGUUGGCAGCAGAUUGUGGCGUUCAAGGUCCAUAGCCGCCACGCUGCGUGGAAGACUGCUGUGCGAAGUGGACUUCCUGGGCACUGCCUCCCUCACCGAAAGCUGGGAGAAUCGGUUGAGCAUGCAUGGCCAGGCAGCAGCACGGGUACUCAAGUCGUGGGUGAAGCGGCAAUUGCUUGCUUCUACGUAUACAUAGGUGGACUACACAAUGAUCCCAACCUCAACUUUUGUCUCUCUGUUGUCUUAGCCCUGUUCAGCACGGCGCGAUGACACGAUACCAGUGGCUGUAAC